CUGCCAAAGUCCACACGACAAUUUCUUUCACACACUUUAUCAUGAGUAAAAUGUAUCAGUGUGCUGAAAUCUGCUUGCCAAGAAAGAAGAAAGUCCGCGAGUCUUUCCACUCAAACACAUACAGGAUAUUUGAUGAAAAGAUACCUGACAGAUUGGACCCUGAUAAAGUCUAUAAAGUAAAUUCAUAUGCUCAGAGAGAUCCCAAGGAAUAUGAUCAGCUUAAAAUACACAAUACCCCACAAAUGUACAAUGCCAAGUUCAUAAGAACCAAUGUCAGGUUCAUGAAUGCACCCAUUUCUCACAUGGAGACAGAGAGUACAAUGGCUGAGCAGUGUCACUGGUGGCCCAAUACAUCGUAUCACGAUGUGAGCACCCAGGCACCUUACAGAAAGGACAGCACUCAGAGACAAGACUACCAGGCCAUUCAACAAACACACGCUCUGGUCAGACAUGGGAGGAACAACAACAGAGUGCCUGCUUCAGGAAUCGUUCCCAUGCUGAGCUCUAUUGGUAGCCCAAAAGUGUUGCUCGAGCACAUGUCUUUUAUUCACCAAUAUGAUUCAAGGAAAUUACAGGACCAACCAUACCAAGGAAGGCGACAUGGAGUUUUAGUGUGGAGCGAGGCUGGGCCAUGGUCUCCUGUCGGGGAGAGCACAUACCUCAACUCCGAGGGGUCAUGUUUGCCAGCGGUGCAGGGAGGAAGAGGGGGGAAAGAGGUAACCUCUCCCCAGCAGCAAGUUUUCAAUGACGGCAGGAUCCACUCCGGAAAGGCGGGCCCCAGCGCUAAAGGCACCAAGGCCAUCGCCUGCCACUCACCGACCCAUCCCUCCAGCCAGCUGUUUCACAGCUUCUAUACUCCCAUGACACAUAGGGGAGGGGUUGAGGGAGGGUUUGAGGGGAUCUCCUCAGUCUCUGACAGGGCUGCGGAGGGUCGGAGAGCUAUGCAUGCGGACGGCGAGGGGACUGUCUUGCAAAGGCAGGGAUCCAACAGUCAACCGGCGGAGGUUAAAGCCCCAGCCCAAAUUUCAGGCUCAGAGCCUAACAACUGAUGGCACUGAUGGCAUUUUAACACUUUAGGGGCUGCCUUAUGUAAAGAUCUGAGUAGAAAUUGGUUGCAAUUGUGUUACAUUUGUGGUCAAAGGUAAGAAAGAUUAAAAUAAUAAAAGGUUCAACCUGCAAAAGUAACUGCUGUUAAAUGGUAUUUUCAAUUAAAGAAAAAUAGUGUAUAUGGUAUGUACAACUGUCAUACCCAAUUCUAACCCCAAAUCAGGAGCCCUAAGCAAGAUUUGGUUGCCCUCCCCCCCCCCCCCCCCCACCCACCUUGCAGCAAAACAUUUUUUGUUGCUCCCCCUUGAUGGCUGAGAACUUUUUUUGAAAGCAAAUUUCCUGCAAUCCUAUACAUUUUGCCAUGAGGCGUAGAUGAAAUGUUACAGUUUUAAAGCAAGUUUUCUGCAAUUUUACACAUUGUACCAUGGGGUGGAGAGACAUUCUUGCUGUUUUAAACCUAAUUUCCUGCAAUUCUACACAUUUUGCCAUGACUUAUGCCAUGUUAAUAUGAUAUUUGAGUGAGAAUGUCUAACAAAAUCAAUGGGGCCCCACUGGAAAUCAGAGCCCUGGGCACGUGCCCUGCAUGCCCGGUCAGUAUUCAGCUAUGAUUACUGUAAGUUUCGAUAGCUGGCUAGACUAACUACCCAUUUUGUUUGUUUGUUGCUGAUAUGGCAAAUUGAGUGAUUGUCAGUGACUGACAUAACAAGAGAAAAGCUUCCAAAAGAUGCACAACCAAAUUUCAAAAUGGCACCUAGUGUAUUCUACUUUUUACUGUUCCUAAAAAAAAUGGAACUCAAAAAUGUUUGGUUGAGGGUCCCCUAGUGGCUGGUGGCCCUAAGCAACCGCUGAUGUCGUUUAUGCCUGAGCCGGCACUAUCCAAAAUAUAAGGUUGUUUUACUUAAGAAUGUUUGGCUGAAAAGCGAAUUAAAAUUGUGACUAUUGUGGCUAUAGAUUGUGACUGAUGUACUGGAGUGUUAACAUGAACAGACUAUAUUUAUAACAUUUAGCAAAUUGAAUAUACUUUGCCAGCACACAAUUUUUGAAAAAAAGAGCAUGUUGAAACCAUAGAAUACAGUUUUUGUGAGCUAUCUAAUCGCUUUUCAUAGUCCUUAUGAUGAAGCCCACACCAGUUUUCUGCAUUUAGAUAGAAUAGUGGAUCUGCGUCAGGUGAUGGAUCUAUAUCAGGUUUCAGUACAACUGUGUAGAAUAAAAGAAUAGAGGAAUAGUUAUUUUAUUGUAUAUUUGUUCUCCAAGUGCUUUGCUCAAGUACCUUGCUCAAGGGCACAACGUUAGUGGUUUGUACCUGGGAUUAGAGAUCAGCAGCCCCCCAGCUACAAGAUCAGUUCCCAGUUCCCAUUUCUAUUGAUGCUCAUCUUUACCCUAAAGUGCCUUCAGAAAGUAUUCACACCCCUUUACCCUUUCCACAUGUUGUUGUGUUACAGCCUGAAUAAAAACUUGGAUUCAAUUGAGAUUUCACUGAUCUACACAUAAUACCCCAUAAUGUCAAAGGGGAAUUUAUAUAUUUUCUAAACUAAUAAA